CGAAAAACAAUAGCCGUUUUACUCCAAGCUCAGCGUAUCGUUAUUGUACACGCACCGAUAUUAAUAUGCGAUAAUUAAUCUUGACCAGCGGUCACAAUCGUUCGGGUUGCGCCAAUGACGACACAUACAUAUUACACGGAUUAGUUUUGGAUCGUCCGACAUUUUUUUGUUUAUCAUUGUUGUUGUAUUAAAUUAUCUUGAAUACUAUAUUAAUCGGGUUUCAGCGUAAUACCGGCGUGUAAACGCGUUUGCCGUCGGUUAAAGAUCAACCGUUAAACCAACAAUAUUAUCGUACAUAAUAUUAAAUAAAGUAUUUAUUUAUUAUGAUAUUAUUUCUAUUGCCAAUAUGCGAUUGUGCUUUCGCAAUACUCGACGAACACGUUUGGACGAUUACAGUUGACGUUAACAGUUGCGCAACAUGCAAACUAGUAUUUUCGACAACCGACUAUUGUUUAAAUAAUCGUCGUCCGUGUAUUUUCAUUGUUGACCGUUGACGUUUUGAGACAAUGUUUGUCUCACCCGAUAUCGAUUCGCACAGUGCCGGUGACGCACAGAUAACCGUGAACGCGUUCGGCCGUCGAGCGCCGCAAUAGCCGGUCGCAUUGUCGAUAAACGGUCAGCGCGGCCAGAUACAACCGCAAACGUACGGGAAUGACGUGGACGUGGCUGGGCGAAUUGGUGUUCCCGUCGCUGGUGGCCAACGGCACGUUCGGUCCCGGCUGCCGGUAUCUGUCGUUCAAGCCGGCCGGCCGACCGCCGUGGACGUCCACCGUGGUGUACGGCAAGGUGCUGGUGGCCGGCGUGCCCGACGAACACAGCGUCGUGCUCAAGGUGAAACACCGGUGCCGGAAGAUGCGUCACGUGCUCAAGUGCGACAUGCAGUUCCACAACGAGAUCGCAGCCUACGAAAAGAUCCUUCCGUUCCUCGUGGGAGCCGGAGUGGCCGAGGACUACGGGUGUCUGUUCGCAAAGUAUUACUACGGCCGUAACGCGUGCGGCAAAACGGCCGAACAGGACGUCAUAGUGUUGAAGGACAUGCGCACCGAAGGAUACGAGCUGUUCAAAGACAGCCUGUUCCUCGACUAUGACCACGUGGUCGCCGCUCUACGGGCCUUGGGCAAAUUUCACGGAAUGUCGUACGUCGCUAAAUCAAAAAACCCGUUGCGGUUCCGAGAGCUGUCCAGGCACGUGUUGGACACUCAAUGGGACGCGGAAGGACGAUGGAUAUUUGGUGACGCAGAAUUGCGGACGUUGGCCAUGCGCGGAGUCCGUCCGCUGAUGGAACGGCCUGGGUACGACGACGGGCGCAUGGACGCUUGUCUGGAGCUGUUGGCCAGCGCCGAACGGAACCUAAGACGGGUGAUGCGCAGCGACGGCCGAUGGUCGGUACUGUGCCACGGCGGCUUUUGCCGGGACAACCUGAUGUUCCGAUACGACGUGGUGACGGGACGGCCCACACACGUGCUGCCGUUCGACUUGGCCGGAAUCCGGUGCGGCUCGCCCGCGCUGGACCUGUCGUUUUUCUUGUACAUGAACACGGACAACAGGCUGCGGGAAAACCGGUGGGAAGAUCUUCUGGACGUGUAUCACGAAGCGGUGUCGCAAGUGGGAGCCGCCGAGGGUGUGGCCGUGCCAGUCAGGGACGACCUGGACGCAGAAAUGAAGACGCACGCCUUGUAUGGACUGGCACACGUUUCGUACUUGUUAGCGCUGACGGCCCGCGUGCCCGACGACCACGACAUGGUCAGCGAGUGCAAGCGUGAGUUCGACAUGGCCACCGACCAAGAGAAGGUCAACCUGAGCAUGGAUGCUGGCGGACAGGCGAGCACCGACCUGCUGAUGGACGUUGUCAAACAUAUUGUCGACAAAGGUUAUACCAAAAAGCCUUUGUGAAAAAAAUACCUACUUCAUAACAUUCUACUCUUGAACAAUAGCACGCGCAGUGAUCUAGACCAUUUGAAACGAGACCGUCAUCGAUUAGAUUUACCUCAAAGUUUUCAUGUAAAAAUAAUUAUUUCGGUUUGUAUUGAAUUUGCAUAUUUACUCAAACGUUUUAUAUUAUACACGGUUGUUAAGUUUUUUCUGAAGAAAUACACCUUAAUGGUACCAUUUAAUCGAGUCUCACGAUUCAAUCUGACUACAAAAAAUACAGUCUAAUCAACUAUUUAUAGUAAGUAAGUAAUUCCAACAUCGUACCCUUUGCUAAAAUUCAAUAACGUUAAGCUUGAUGAAGCUGUCUUUAAACGCAGAGGUAUUUCCAUUAAAACUGUAAAAAAAUAUAAUGUUCUUCUUAUAAAUAACAUCAAUAGAAAUGUUUAAUCAAAAUUGUUCCACAGAAUAUGUGUUAAAAUUUCAAAUAUUUUAAUGUACAAUUUACAUUUAUAAUACAUAUAUUGUAAUUUUUAAAGAUGUAUUUUGCUAUCAUAAAUAUAAAUUAACAUAAUUUUUUUUAAGAUUUUUUAAUUUAAAAAAAGCUUAACGUUAACGUGCUCUUGCUAUUUGGUUGUGAACGGUUGUCCACCUCGUAAAAAUGAAAUUGUACUUAAUAUUAAGGCGAAUGGGCUCAGAGAAAGUGAGAAAAGAUUUUAAACGCCAAAGUAAAAUUGUAAAACACGAGCUCUUACAAUAAUUUAAGACAAAAACCUAAAAUACUAUGAAUUAGUAGCACAUUUAAAAAUAUAACAAAUAUUUUCUCAGCUUCUCAGAAAAACUAAAAUAUAACCAAAAUAUUUGUUUAAAGUUAUGAAAAACAUUAUUUAUUUUUAUAGUAAAAUACAAAAAUAACUAUACAGGUAUACAUAGUUUAUAAAAUGGUGAAUAUAAAUUAAGAUUAAUAUUUAAUGUAAUCUCAUUUUAUUGCAUUUCAAUCGAACGGUACACUAUAUUUUUUUUCAAAUUCACAGUAUCAGUUUUAUUCCAAAAAAUGUAUACUGAACUGACGAGUCACCGAUUUGAUUAUAUUGUAAUGUCAAUUAAAUUCAUAUUAUUUUCAUUCAAUGGAGUAAAAAUAAUAUGCUCUUUAUGGAGAGGAUAAUCAUUUUAUGUAAAACAUGAUAAUAGUUAAUAUUACAGUUUUGUUAUGUAUUAUUAUUGUAAUUAUUUGUUUUUUUUACUUCCGUAUGCGACGAUGCGUUUUUUAUAAUAUACCUAUCCGCUUGUUGCUAAACAUACAAUAUUGUAAGUGGUACAGAUAUAAUUGUUAACCUUGAAAACUAUUAAAUUA